GUACUGGUACCGGUAGCCCAAGGCAGCUACGCUUCCUUCCCCGGAGCCGACAGCACUAACUUGGUGCUCUUCACCCUAUCCCUACUGCAUUUUAGUUCGAAAUUUUGGGUUGGCCAGUUUCGGCAAUGACGGCCAAAAUUGAUUGGAGUUGCGACACCAAACUCUGCCAGACCGCACAUUCUCCAAUCAGUGCAACAAACUUGUGCGAACUUGUUGACCAUGGCAACUGGAAGUCCCAUGGCGUUCUCCUCAUCAGCCGUCGUCGCUCUCCUCCUUUUACUCAUUGCUCCUCCAACAGAUGGCGCCACGGCUCUGUUUGGCGGUUGCGAGGGUGCUUGUGUGGAAAAUGCGACUCAAACCUGUGACGAGAUUGUGUUGACAAACGAUUUUUCGACGGAUGGGUGCUGCUUUUCCUUGGCGGAAAAUAUGGAUGGAGGAUGCCUCAUUACGGUACAAGGAGACGGAGGCUUUUGCUUUCGCACAGAGCGGAAGACGUACUGUUCUGUGGCAGAUGAAAUUGGAGAGUUCUUUUGCGUUGCCGGUACUCAAUUGACGUACGAAAUGGACACCUCGUCGACGGCAACAACCAACAGCUCCAACUGUCCGGAAUCCGACUUUGACAUUGAAACCACUUCCGAGACCGAGAUCCUUCCCACCCAGACCAUGACACUCACUACUGGAGCAAGUACUUGGACGAACCAGGAUACGACGGACUGGGUGGCCGUGACGGUCGCUCACACGCAGGAAUUCUUCAUGGAGUACCCAGAGUUGGGAUUCACGGACGUCCUUACCGAUAUUCAAGUGUAUCCCGUGGGAGGCGCGACAUUUGACAAUGUCACGGCGGAAGCCACUUUGAUAUACUAUCAGUUUGUGUCGUACCGUGUCUCUUCAGACCACAGCAAUGCCACGCACUUGGUCAACGCCACCGGUGCCGACAUGCUGGACAUUGCCUUUUCCACCCCCGCCGGAUCCGAAUCCUACUUGGCCAAGCUACAAGCCAGUGGCAACCCUACCCUGGCCACCAUUACGGACGUGUCGGACUAUGGACCAUUCUCUCCUCCAACUACUGUUGACGGCGAUCAGCCGGGUGGGGCUGGUCGUCCAGAUGUCACCACCCAUGAAAGUCAGAAAACAGAUGCACCGGAAGAAGAAGGGCCUCCCGCGGUGGUUGCUCUCCAGGCAUCCAGUGCCGGUAUGUGGGGUUUGACUCUUUCGGGCUUUGCGUCUUUGGGCUUGUUCUCAUUGCUCGCCACAUGGUAGGUAGUGUGGGUGGUAGACCAAGAAAGAAAAGAGCGAUAGAUGUUCCAUGAGUACAAAAAAAGUCCCAACUAGAGCUAGCUAUAGCUGUUUGUAUGCCAAAAGACCCUCCCCAAAAAAGUAAACGACCAUAGAACAAAGGUCCCGAAUGAUAGUGUUGAAUGUUUCUAAUUUACUGGCUGGUGUGAGCUGAUGGAGUGUAGUAAAUUUGAAUGAUCAAUCAACAGCGACUGACACUCACAGCUCUGGCGCAAGGUCUAUGAUACCGGUACCGAAUACAGUACAUGUACCGGUACGGUACAUCGUAGCGGAGGAAAGGAAAUGCGACUCGAACAUCCCUUUUUUGAGGACUGCCGCACCAUCAAGGCACCAACAACCAGAUUGCUACCUUCAUUAACUACCUUUCAAUAAGUCGGUGAACAUAACAAGCUCUGCUCAAUCGAGCGAUAUGGUUCGCGUACCGGUAGAGAGCAACAACUCAUGCCUUGGAGAGGUUUUCUGCCUGAUCUCGGUGCCAGCCGAUUACAAUUUAGAUACUUGUACCAAGUAUCAGUACGGGUACCUUUAUGGUUCCACCUGACUCGACUUGUCUGGGCAGCAACUACGACUGUACCAGCUAACUGUGACUGAACUCCAUGGUUCUCAUUCGUGGAUACUUUUCCUUAGCGCCAACGUUGUGGCAUUCGGUACCGGUACCGGUACCUAUCACCGC